AUGGGAAAGUCGACUCCGAUGGGGUCGUCGCCGGACUCGGAGCUUGGGAUAAAAGUUCAACCCCGCAAGAGUGACCCACACCCAGUUGGCGGGCCCUACCCUUACCCGCCCUACCACCUCCCUUCGAGGAAAUGGUUCCCAUGGGUGGUCCCCACCAUUGUGACUGUCAAUAUCGUUGUCUUCGUCAUUGUGAUGUACGUCAACAAUUGCCCAGCCAACUCCGACUCUGACUCUGACAACAAAUGCGUCGGUGAAUCCACUCUUGGCCGAUUUUCAUUCCAGAGCACCCAUGAGAACCCCUUGCUAGGUCCCUCUGCUGUCACGCUUCUUAAGAUAGGGGCAUUGGAAGUACAAAAAGUGGUGGAAGAGCACCAAGUUUGGAGGUUGGUGUCCUGCAUGUGGUUACAUGCUGGAGCAUUUCAUGUGUUGGCCAACAUGUUGAGUCUUCUAUUUGUUGGCAUUCGACUCGAACAAGAGUUUGGAUUCGUGCGGGUUGGUUUAUUGUAUGUAAUAUCUGGAGUGGGUGGUAGCUUGAUGUCGUCUUUGUUUGUACGCAAUACCAUUUCUGUUGGUGCUUCUGGCGCACUAUUUGGCAUGCUUGGCGCUAUGCUGUCCGAAUUGCUCAUCAACUGGACAAUUUAUGAGAACAAGAUUGAAUCUUUACUGAGUCUUAUUCUCAUCAUUGUGAUAAAUAUGGCGGUCGGGAUCCUCCCUCAUGUCGACAACUUUGCCCACUUGGGAGGGUUUGUUACCGGAUUUCUUCUCGGAUUUGUGCUCCUCAUACGCCCUCAAUUCGGAUGGGUCAGCAAAAGAUUAUCACCUGCUCCUCUUUCAACCUCUUCAAAAUCCAAGUACAAGCCAUAUCAAUGUGUCUUAUUGUUGGCAUCCCUACUAACAUUGGCUCUUGGAUUGUCUGUUGGCUUAGUUUUGCUUCUUCGUGGUGUUGAUGGAAAUGACCAUUGUUCUUGGUGUCAUUACAUGAGUUGUGUGCCUACACCACUGUGGACUUGUGAAGCUCGAUGCACGUCUAGCCAAAUUAACAACCAAUUGAAUCUGACGUGCAUGCAAAACCACAAAAGCAAAAUUUACACAUUGAAUGGAGAUAUCAACACUUCACGUAUCCAAAGGCUUUGUGCUGAACUUUGCCGCUGA